AUGUUUUCAAAGCCAGUUUUCGUCUCUUUGUUCUUCCUUGCAGCCAGGGCCCUCGCUUGGGACGCCCCAGCCUACAGCGGGUUCAACAGAAACUGGCAGGACAACUUUGCUGGCUCAAGCGGAACACUUCCUGAUACUGGAAACUGGAACAUUAUUCAGGGCUAUCUGAAUGUCAACGCCGAGCUUGAGGUUUAUACUGCAUCCACACGUAACCUUCAGCGAAGUGGGGGCAACACCCUUCAACUUGUCCCGUGGCGAGACUCUUCAGCUGCCCAAGGCUGGACUUCUGGCCGCGUCGAGAGCAAGUACGUUCUCACGCCCCAGGCCGGCAAGAUCACCAGAGUCGAGGCUGCCAUUCGAUUCGGUACAUGCUCCACUGCCAACAAGCAAGGCAUCUGGCCUGCUUUCUGGAUGCUGGGAAAUUCCCUACGCAAUGGCGGUAGCUGGCCUGCAUGCGGCGAACUUGACGCUAUGGAGACCGUCAACGGUCAGCUCACUGGUUACGGGACUGCUCACUGCGAUGUCUACCCAGGCGGUAUCUGCAACGAGGGCACUGGUAUCGGUGGCACCAUCUCGAUCCCAGAUCAGAGUUGGCACACAUGGAGGAUCGAGUUCAACCGAAACAAGAGCAGCUGGCGCGACGAGACUAUUACCUGGUUCCUGGAUGGGCAGCAGUUCCACCAGAUCUCGGGCUCCAGGAUCAACAACGAAGGGGUUUGGAAUACCUUGUGCCAUAGCCCGAUGUACUUCAUCCUGAACGUUGCUGUUGGUGGCACUUGGCCUGGAUACCCGAACGGCAACACUUGUGAUGGCUACGGAAGUAUGAUGGAGGUUGGAUACGUCGCCCAUUAUUCCAACUAG